AUGAGCGAAAGGAUAAUGUGUGCCCAGCCUGUAGCUAACACCAAAGAGGUCAGGUGGCAGAAGGUCUUGUAUGAGCCACAGCCCUUUCCUGAUAACUAUGUGGAUCGGAGGUUCCUGGAAGAGCUGCGGAAAAACAUCUAUGCCCGGAAAUACCAAUAUUGGGCUGUGGUGUUUGAGUCCAGUGUGGUGAUACAGCACCUGUGCAGUGUCUGUGUUUUUGUGGUUAUCUGGUGGUAUAUGGAUGAGGGUCUUCUGGCCCUUCAGUGGCUUUUUGGGACCGGCCUGACUUCUUCACUGAUUGGCUAUGUUUUGUUUGAUCUCAUUGACGGAGGUGAAGGACGGAGGAAGAGUGGGCGGACCCGGUGGGCUGACUUGAAGAGUGCCCUAGUCUUCAUUACUUUCACAUAUGGCUUUUCGCCGGUGCUGAAGACCCUGACAGAAUUGGUCAGCACUGACACCAUCUAUGCCAUGGCAGUCUUCAUGCUGUUAGGUCACCUCAUCUUCUUUGACUAUGGUGCCAAUGCUGCCAUUGUAUCCAGCACACUGUCCUUGAACAUGGCCAUCUUUGCUUCUGUCUGCCUUGCCUCCCGCCUGCCCCGAUCCCUCCAUGCCUUCAUCAUGGUGACAUUUGCCAUCCAGAUUUUUGCCCUGUGGCCCAUGUUACAGAAGAAACUGAAGGCAUGUACGCCCCGCAGCUAUGUGGGGGUCACACUGCUCUUUGCAUUCUCAGCCUUAGGAGGCCUGCUGUCCAUCAGUGCCGUGGGAGCCAUACUCUUUGCCCUUCUGCUGGUUUCCAUCUCAUGUCUCUGCCCUUUCUACCUCAUUCGCCUGCAGCUUUUUAAAGAAAAUAUUCAUGGGCCUUAGGAUGAGGCUGAAAUCAAAGAAGAUUUGUCCAGGUUUCUCAGCUGA